AUGUCUCCUCCAAGACCGCGCCACAUUCCCGUCCAAGCAGUCCUAUCACUCCUUCGAUCCAAACGUGAUCUCCACUCCUCUCGCUCUCUCCUUCAUCCCCGAAAGGCAAACAUCACAUCUGCUCCUUCCAAAUUUGGUGUAUACGACCUCAUCCUCCCAUCGUCUGCUUCCUCAUACCCUUCACAAUUCACAAAAAAACGCGUACAUAUCCCUUCUACCACGGGUCUACCAGAGUAUGCUCUUACCGGAAGUCCAACAUUGGUUUCGUCGCCUAGUAUCAAGAGAGGGAAGGAGCUGGAUGCUAUGAGGAGAUCGUGCGCGCUGGCCGCUAGGAUAUUGGAGUUUGGUGGGAGUUUGGUUAAGGCUGGAGUUACUACCGAGUACAUCGAUGCUCAAGUUCACGACAAGAUUGUAGAAGCUGGUGCAUAUCCGUCACCGCUAAACUACAUGAACUUUCCUAAAUCGAUAUGUUGCUCGAUUAACAAUGUGGUUGCUCAUGGGAUUCCAGACGCGCGUCCGCUUCUCGAUGGCGAUAUCAUAAACCUAGACGUCACUGUGUAUUUAGGUAGCUUUCAUGGCGACACAUCCGCCACAUUCUUGGUUGGAAACGUGGACGAACCUGGUCGUAAGCUCGUAGAAGCUACUCGCAGAGCUCUGGAACUGGCAAUAGCUGAAUGUAGACCUGGAGUUGCUUUCACGAAGAUAGGAGCCACGAUUAGUGAAUUUGCGAAAGCGCAUUCAUAUAGUAUAAAUCAGGAGUUUUGUGGUCAUGGGAUCGGACGUCACUUUCACGAACCUCCAUUAAUCUAUCAUUUUGAUAAUGACGAACCUGGGAUUAUGGAAGAAGGGAUGACAUUCACAAUAGAACCUAUGCUGAAUCAAGGCGGAUUCAGAAUGGAGAAGUGGAGAGAUGGGUGGACGGCUGUAACAAUUGAUGGUAUAGUUCUUUGA